CAAUGCAUUUGGGCUGAACAAUAAAUACAAUGCAUGCAUGCUUCCUCCAAACUGCUGCACAGUAGUAAUUUCUCCCAACAAACCUGCUCCGAAAUCAAGGCGGAGUUAGUGAAUCUGACAUUCCUCAAAACGAAUCACAGCGGGCAGUAAAACACUGUUCUAGCCAAUAAGAGAAUCCAAUAGGCGGGAUGUUCAGCUGUGCGAUCAAUGGGUGACGAAAGCGCUUUCAAUUUAAAGAAACUGCAGAAACGAAAUAAUAAUAUUAAGGAUUGAUUCAUGAAUUUGAUCGCGGUUUAACAAUGCCCGUUUCCCAUUGCAUGCCAGUUUUCAACAAAUCAAAAGGAGCAUUUUCUCAAGAGGUCCAGUCGGAUAGGAAAAACGGAGAUGGUUCGGAAGAGGAUUUUUCAAGCUACCAGCAUCAGGGAUUUCAUCCCAAAGACUCAUCAGAAUCUGAAGAAGAGGUGUCCGUUUCCAGGGUGAACCAAAUCGACGGAGGUGGGCUGCUGGAAUUUCUUCACCAGGAGGAUGGCAGUGCUCUGUCAGACCAGCAGUUCUACCAGAGGCUCCAGAUCUUAAAGGAAGCACACCAGGAGAAGCUGAUGGAGACAAGCAAGCUCUUUCAGGGACAUCUGGAGCAAAGGAUACUGGAGGACUCCCUGCUCUCUGUGGAGACUGCAGGGAAUGUGAGGAAGACAACGUUAAAUAAGGACGUGGAGCAGUUCUUCUCGUCCAGUGGGAGACAGCACCUCAUAGCCAAUCCAAGCAAGUUGUCAGCUUCUAGGAAUGGAAGCCUAAGGAAAUCUUCCUCUCUGAGUGAGCUGAGCUCAAGAGAUAGCCAAGCUGACAGAGAAUCUCCUCCAUUUAAAGGGACACAGAGACCUGUGAGCAGUUCAUCAGCCUGGGCUUCAGGUACGACAGUCCCGCAGCCCUUCAACAUGACCCUCCGGGAAGCGCAAAAGAAAACUCAGCUUCCAAAAUCCAGAACGUCCCUGGAUCUGGAGAAACAGCUGGUGGAGAAGAGGGAGGCAGAGGAGGCAGAGGAGGCUGAGUGUCAGAAACAGUUCAGAGCAGUGCCCAUCCCAGCACACGUUUACCUGCCCCUGUUUGAUGAGAUCAAUGAGAGCAGGGAGAAGCAGAGGAGGCUCAACCUGGACAGGAGGAAGGAAAUCCUGCUCUCCAUUCAGAAGCCAUUCAGCUUUGCAGAGAGGGAAGAAAAAAAGAAGGAGCAAACAAGACAGAUGCUGAGAACAGCCCCCCCGAGCACGCUGAGCAGAAGCAUUAAACCCAAAGUGAAAAACAAAAUCCCCAAAUCAGUCCAGGAUCCAACAAUCAGUGACCAUUUAAAAGAGUAUGAACUGUACAGGAAGAUCAGGAUUCAGAUGAGGGCAACAGAUUUACUUAAAACAUCCUCAGCACCCAUUCAAGUACAGCCGCAGAAGAGGGAACUGGAUAAGAGCAGCGCUCUGAAAACUAAAAAGAAGACCCUGGGAUAUCUGGAUAAGGAACCCACGUUUCAGCCACGAACAAAUCCAGAGGUUCCCAACUUCGAGAGAUUAUACAGAGCAUUCCAGAAGGAGGCCAUGCGAAGGAAAGAACAGACAGAGUCGACUAAAUGUAAACCAUUCCAGCUUCGCACUUCCAAUUUGCCACCAAGACAGAGCAGAUCCACUGAGGAUGCACAGCAAGAGUCAAGUCCUGUGAUCAAGACACGCUUAAAGAGAAGCAAGUCCUUCAACGGGAUUCUCUCCCUUUCAACUGACACCCUCCCCACCUACAUCACAGACGCUGCAAGGAAACGUCAAGCUGCUAUCAGAAGCUCACUGGAACAGAAGGAUAACAAGGAACAAGAGAGUGCUAAAUGGAUGAAGCAGUACAGAUUGAAAUCGGAAGCAAUGAAUAAAGCAGUAACUACACGGGCGAAAGCAAUGGAUACACAUAGGAGUCUAAAGGAUGUGUACAAGGAAAAAUUAAAGCAACACAGGCAGACUGACCAGCACCGGAUGAGGGAGUAUAAGAAGGAGCUGGAGGAGAUGAAGAACAGGAUACAUGACAGGCCCUACCUGUUUGAACAGGUCACAAAGAGAAACGCAAAGACGGAGGCAGAGCGGCGGUACCGAGACACACUGAAGCAGGUGGGGCUGAAUGAAGACUUUGUGAGGAAUAAAGGGAGAAAUGCUGGGGGAACGCCACUGUGUGUAUCUGACGGUGAAGAAGACCAGAGCAGUGACAGCAAGACCCAAUACAGUAGGUCUGAGAGUGUGAUAAGUUCAGCGGAAAACCAAACAAAAGAAGAGCCAGAGAAAACCAAUGAGGAAGAAAUGAUAUAACUAUAAUUACAGCCACGAGCACUUUGUAUAUUUCUUUGUUUAUAUGCAGUAAUGUUUGUAUAUUACAAAUCUGCUAUUGUUUAUAGACAGUGUAUACAUACACUACAUUGAAUCGGUCUUAAUUUAAGAAAUGGAACCAUUCUGGACAAUGUGCAUGAAUUCUGAUUUAUGACAAAAGGUUUAAUUUGUUGUUCUGAUUAGUCCAAACAAAUUAAGGUUGACUUGACUUUUCUUUUUCAAAUAGGUGUGUGAGCUCCCUGAAAUAUUUAUAAUUUAAUAUUUUGUAUUAAGUGUUUGCAUCUGAAUUGAAACAAGUUUGUAUUAAUAAUGCUGCAUCAGUACUGUGAGUAAAUAAUUUGUUUUAAUGAGUACUGUUUUUGGCACAUGGCUUUAUGUCAAUUUAUAUUUUGCAAUAUGCCAUUCUUAGAAAAUAAAAGUUUCAUGCUUAUAAA